CGGGAACGUUGGGCCGCUCGGUUCCGCUGCUCCGCUCGCCUCGGGACUCUGCGCGCCCGUGCUCGCUGUCUGAGGGCAUUUAUCGGACCGGACAGGCGGGAACGACCCUGGCUUUCCAGGUGGCUCCAUCAUGGAUGAAACUGUGGCUGAGUAUAUCCGCAGAACUGUGCUAAAAAUCCCACGGGAUGAAAUCAAGAUGAUGCUGCAGAAAUGGGACUUUCUCUCUGAGGCACAGCUGCAGACUGUCAACUUCCAUCAGAUAAAGGAUAACAUUUCCCAAGAAGUUGUUCAACUCUGUGAGGAAAAUUCUGCAGACAUAAAGCAAGCAGCUGUUCUAGACAUAAUUUACAACCACAUCUACCAAAACAAAAGAAUGUGGAGUGUUUACCAGAUGAGAAGAACAGGAGAAGAAGUGGAAUACUUUGACUUAACAGAUUUCAAAAAGAAAUUUAAAAGGAGACUUCAGUCAGCCUUGAAAAACGUCACCAUCACCUUCAGGGAAUAUGAGGAUAAUGCCAUCUGGAUUAGGGUUGCCUGGGGAACCCCACACAGACAACCCAACCAGUACAAGCCCAGCUAUGUCGUGUACCACUCCCAGACUCCCUACGUCUUCAUUUCGGCCUCGGUGCUCAAGAGCAACUUGCCUCUGCUGUGCCAGGCCCUGAUUGUUGCUUCCAAUUACCAUGAGAUCCGUGAAAUGGAGCUUCGAAGUCAUUCUUUAGACUCCCUUAAAGAUAUUGUGUUUAAGAGAUAUAGCCAGAACUUCCAAACUUAUUGUCCAAAACCUGUACAAGGAAGGACUGUAGAACCAGAAAGUGUGGAUUUAAGGAUAAUUCAUGAAAACAAAAGUGAGACAGAAAGAAUCCAGAGACUGAACCAGGAAGUUUUUGGUACUGGUCCCCAACCAAUACUCCAAUCUGCACAAUAUAAGCUUGAGACAACGUUCAAAAGUAGUCCUGAAAUGGAUGUUUUGGAUAAAAAAGAACCGUUCAGAUGUCUGGUCAAGUUUUCUAGUCCACAUCUUUUAGAAUCACUGAAAUCCUUGGCACCAGCAGGUAUGGCUGAUGCACCACUUUCACCACUCCUUACAUGUAUAACACAGAAAGCUAGGAAUUAUUUUAGAAUAAGAGAGAGAAAAGGUUUAUUUCCAGACAGUUUUGUAAGCCCUUGAUUUUAAACUGGUUUCUUAGAGAAAAAUGUAAUUUUGUUUUUUACUGCUCUUAAUCUAAAUCAUCAUAAACUUUAAAACAGACUUUAGGAAAAACAACUUAUUCUUCAGUAACACCUUAAAUUUUUUUCCAACUUAUGGCUUCUUUGAAUUAUUCUCCCCACAGUUGUCUUUAACAGAAAUCAGCCCUUUCCUUGACUAAUAAAAAAAGUCAAUUGUUUAAACAGAGAUCGUGGUUAUUCUAAAUUUAAAUGUAAUGACUGCUCUUUAACUGUAUUUUUAACAGUAUUUGUGAAGUUAAAGCUCAGUGAAGGUGCAGUGACAGAGCUGUAGCUGCUCAGUUUGCUGUCAGAGCUGCAGGUGACUCUGAGAUUGUUGGUGGCUCUUCUUAUUGUGGCUCCAGUUCAGAAUGUCCCAUUCAGAUGGGUGGCACUCCCUGUCUGCAGCUCAGGCAAGUUUUUAUCUAAAUAGGUGAAGUUUGUAGUCAAAGACCAUUACAGGGCACAGGGAAGAAGGGACCCUUGGAAUAUAGAUUCCAGUAAGAAGCUUCAGGGGAUUUUAACUCAGUUUCAAAGACCUUCUCACCAAGGGCAACAGCAAAUAACAAAUACUUCAGAAGGAAAAAUCUGGGUUUGGUAUUAAUGUCUUAUGAAACUUUAUCUUGGAGGAGUACAACGAAACAGGCAAUAUUUUCUUUAGACUGUUUCAAUUAAUAUUUGAUCCUUCUGAAAUCCUUGCACGUUGCCUCUUUUCUGUGCUUGGGGACAAAGAGUGCAGGAUCAAAAUGGCAACAGUCACUAAUGCAAACAGCUUUGCAUUGGAGUUCUUUGGAGUUGGGAAACAUUGGGAAUGUACAGAUAGUUGCUGCAUUCUUUUUUUGAGAUGGAUUUGAUCCCAAGAUUCAGUUCUUGAGUACAAGUGUUUCUCUUUAAUUCUUUUACCUGGACAGUUUUGUGUGUACUUCGUGUAAUGUGGAAUUUCCAAUUCACUUUGGAUACCUCAGUGCUCAGAGGCAGCCUUAUUUUGAGAGGUUGUAUGGGCAUGGUUUUGUUUUCAAACUGUAAAUAAACGUGUAAAUUA